AGUAGUGAGCGUUGAUGGUCUAAUCCCUACAAAUAUAAUACUUCCUUCGUCUCACAAGAAUAAGUACUCUUUUCUUUUUAGUCAGUCCCAUAAAAAUAUACACUUUUUAAUUUUGAAAACCCUUUUCUUAGGGUGUGACUCAUUCUCACUUAACAAUACUAUAUUUACUUUUUCUCUAUACUUCUUUCUUAUUUACUUUACCAAUUUUGCAUUAAAACUCGGGUCCAUGGUUCUUCCAGUAGAUCUCAAAAUCUAUCUAAAUUUACUACGGUUAUGGCUACAGUAACUGAGCCCACAGUUCUCAGGAGAGAGGAGGAAGAAGAUGACAAUUCGAAGCCGGCGGCCGAUGACGAGGACCCCGGCGCUCAGAUUGCUCCUAUCGUUCAGCUGCAGGAAGUCGCUGUCAGCACCGGCGAAGAGAACGAAGAUGUUCUUCUUGAAUUGAAGUCGAAGUUGUACAGAUUUGAUAAGGACGGUAAUCAAUGGAAGGAGUGGGGAGUGGGGAUUGUGAAACUACUGAAGCACAAGGAAACAAGGAAAGUUAGGCUUGUCAUGAGGCAGAACAAGACCCUUAAGAUCUGCGCCAAUCACCUUGUCCUAUCCACAAUGACUGUGCAAGAGCAUCAAGGGAAUGAUAAGUCAUGUGUGUGGCAUGCUGCUGAUUUCCCCGAUGGAGAGCUUAAGGAUGAAACCUUCUGCAUCCGGUUUGCAUCUGUGGAGAAUUGCAAAACUUUUAAGGAUAAGAUUGCAGAAAUAGCUGAAGGACAGACAAGAGAUAGUGGAGAGAGUGAAGAAGGCAAAACUGCAGCCAGUCUUAUCGAAAAGUUGAGCGUUGAGGCUAAAGAUGAGGAAGAGAAACCUGAGCCCAAAGCUGAAGUUUUUUCAUCCUCUGCAGAGAAAAAGGGGGAAGAUGAGAAAGCAGAAGCUGCCACAGAGAAGUGAGCUCCAGAGAGCCGAGAGCCUUUGGAAGAGUCUUGUCUUGGUUUUUUGCUGACAAGGUUUGACGAAUGAGUUAUAUAUUCAGGUGAAUUAACCUGGCACCACAUUAUAGUUGUGAAAUAUGGUCUUUCGUCAGUCAUUGGUUGGUUGGUCAGUCAGUCAUUUGGUUUGUUCACUGGUCCUUGUCAGUCUUUGGUUGGUCGGGCUCAAUUGGUGCUGCUUUUGGAGCCUCUGACGUACGAGUUGUUUGUUGUUUUUUUGACCUGGGUCGAAAUUUUACUUGCAAAAAAUAUUGCACAGGGGUGCGUUACCCUCGGCAUCAUUUAUUAUAUAUUUUUUCAUGAUA